AUAUAUAUUUUAAAUAUAUAUUUGGUGGGGAUGAAAAGUUGUAAGCGUUUCUCUACCGUUUUGAUACUGCCAAGAAUGACUUUGGACAGUAUAUCUUUUAGUGAGAUCUCAUCAGUCGCAUGCAGGUACUUGAAGGUUAAACAACUUGUGAAUAUACUGUCUAUAAAAAAAUAUAAAUUUUAUUUAUAAUAAUAAAACUAAUGCGUGAUAACAAGUGUUGAUAAAAAAAACAAAAAAAAAAGUUUUAAAUAAUUUAGAAACAAAUAGACCUUAAAGAUGGAAUUACAUACAAGUCCAACAUCACCAGGUGGUGAUAAAGAUGUUAAAAAAAAAAAUGAAACAAUGUUUGAAGGAUCAAAGAUUAGUGUAAAUGGAGAGAAUUAUGGUGUGUUUAGAUCGAAUGAUCCAAUAUUGACAGUAUCACACAGAAGAAAUGACACUGUUCAACAUGCAUCUGAUGGACAUGGCAUAUCAACAGAUCAUCCAACAUCUUACUGCGAAACAAUGAUGCACUUGUUCAAGGGUAAUGUUGGUUCUGGAAUAUUUGCAUUGGGCGAUGCAUUUAAAAAUGCUGGAUUAUUUCUUGCACCACCACUUACAAUAUUUCUUGGAAUUAUUUGUGUACAUGCACAACACGUACUUCUACAAUGCAAUGAUGAAGUAUGUAAAAUUCUUGGUGAUUCAGUUAAAAAAAAUACAAUUGGUUAUGCUGGUGUUGUUGAGCUAUGUUUUGAAGUUGGACCACCAAGAUUAAGAAAAUAUUCAGUUUUAAUGAGAAAAAUGGUAAAUCUAUUUUUGUGUAUAACGCAGCUUGGAUUUUGCUGUGUUUAUUUUGUUUUUAUUUCAACAAAUGUUAAACAGGUUGCAGAUCAUUAUGGAUUUCAUUUAGAUGUACAUUAUCAUAUGGCAAUUGCUUUUAUACCAAUAUUAUUGAGUACAUGGAUUAGAAAUUUAAAAUAUUUAGCUCCAGUAUCGUCAAUUGCAAAUUUUCUUGUUGUUGCUGGUUAUAUGGCAACUGUUUACAUGAUGACUGAUGAUUUACCAAGUAUCCAAGAAAGAGACUACGUUGCUGGAUGGAAACAAAUACCUUUGUUUUUUGGAACAGUUAUUUACUCAUUUGAAGCAAUAACAUUGGUAUUACCAUUAAAAAAUGAAAUGAAAAAUCCAAAACAAUUUGGUAGUCCACUUGGUGUAUUAAAUCUUGGUAUGGUUGUUGUUGGCACAAUGUUUACAUUAAUGGGUUUUUUGGCAUAUCUUAAAUAUGGUAAUGAUAUCAAAGGCUCGGUAACACUUAAUCUUGGUGAUGGAAUAUUACCCCAGUGUAUCAAGAUUGGAAUAUCACUUAGCAUAAUGCUCACGUAUGCAUUACAAUUUUACGUACCAAUUGCAAUUAUGUGGCCAGCAUAUAGUAAACGUUACGGACCAUACAAUUCACCAAUUUUAGCGGAAACACUUUUCCGUUCAGCAAUUUGUUUUCUCACAUUCAUACUGGCCGAGCUCAUACCAAGACUUGGUCUUUUCAUAACACUUGUUGGUGCAGUCAGUAGUACAGCACUUGCCCUUUUAUUUCCGCCAAUUAUUGAAUUAGUUAUUUGUUCACGUAACAAUACACUGACUGUUUUUAAAGUAUCAAAAAAUAUAUUAAUACUUUUAAUUGGACUCAUUGGUUUUGCAUCUGGUACAUAUGAGAGUGUAACAAAUAUUGCUGUUGCUUUUUUCACUCCAGCACGUGAAACGUAAUAUUAAAUUAAAUAAUAAUUAAAUUAAAUUGAUCGACAAAUAAUAAUUAAAAAAAUAAAAAAUGGAAAAGACAAAUUUUUAAGUUAGUUAUUAAUGAUGAAAAUAUAUUUCCAAUCAUGUGUUUAUUUUAAAGUUCGAUUGAUCGACUUAUCACAAUUUAAUUUAUUAAUUAAUUUUAAAUAAUAUACAAAAUUAAAAAAUAAAUUAAAUAUAUUUGUUAUUUAUAAUUGUAAUUGACUCUUGUUUUCACGUAAAAAUGAUGAAAAUUUUAUUAUUGAACAAAUUGUUGUAUCAAUUAUAAUAUCAGCUUCAAAUUCAGAUGAACCAUCAUUUUCCAAAGGAUAUUCUGAAAACAAAAAAAAUUAAUAAACAUAAACAAAAUAGAAUACUCAAAAAUGAAAUUAUCUAUAUAUAAUUUAAUAUUUAAUUUUAAUUAUUAUUAUGGUUUUUUUUUUUUUCUAAUGAUACUUACUGAGACGUGAAAAUUCCGACUUUGAAAAUAAUGUCGAAGCUUCUUUCUUCAAUAUUGUCAAUUUUAAACAAUUUAAUUUAACCAAAAACUGAAAGAAAAACGUAAUUUAUAUAUAAAUUAAUUAUUCAAAUGUAUAAAAAAAUGAAGAAAAAAAAUUAACUUGUGUACCUCAAUGAGUUCUCUAGUAUGAUAAUAUUGUAAAGCUGGUGAAAAUUUAUCUUGUACUUUAGUCAUAUAAACACCAGGAUUCAUUGAACAAUAUGACAAUACAGAUCCAAGCAUUUUUUCAAAUACACUAUUAUUAAUUUGUCCAUCAACUUUAAUCCAUGGUCUUAUAAUAACAUUGACAUUUUCUGUGGUGCUAAAAAAAAUAAUAAAUUAUUAUAUUAAAUAUUAUAAUCAUGAUAAUAAUGAAAUGCAAAAAAAAACAAAAAAAUUAUCUGGUAUAAUUUUGAUGUUUUAAUAUUAUUUAUGAGUAUUAAAUCUAAGAUUAAAAAAAAAUUAA